AUGCGCUGUUACGUCAGCGUGAGUUUGAUAACGAGUAUGAGGCGCAUACUCAGUGUGAAUUUCUUAUUGAAGUGGCAGAUCGGUUUAUUUGCCAGGAAUCCCCCGGUUCAUGCCUCUGUGACAGCAGGUCAACACCGCGUGUGCGCGCUGAAUCUCUGCAGGAAGUCAUCGAGUGAGCGAGCAAACAUGGACCUGAGUGACAUGAGGAAGAAAUACAAAGGAGAUGAGGAGUGCUUUGAGGAGAGUCAGCUCGCAUCUCUGGACCCGAUCAAACAGUUUGGAAACUGGUUCGAUCAGGCAACAAAGUGCCCUGAAAUCGGAGAGGCAAAUGCAAUGUGCAUCGCCACUGCAACCAAAGAUGGACAUCCGUCUGCUCGUAUGGUCCUCCUGAAGGGUUACAGCCACGAAGGUUUCCGGUUUUUUACCAACUAUGAGAGCAGAAAAGGUUCUGAGCUGGUGAGUGACUGUUUCUGUGACUGUCAUACAGCGACUUUUCAGGCUCUCUGUGACCUUAAAGUGGUGACU